AUGACGCUUAAAUACCUCAUAACAGGCGCCACAGGUGGUCUUGGCAGCCAAGUCCUCGCCUAUCUCUCCAAACAUCUACCAUCAACCGAGUAUGCCGCUGCAUCCUCCAACGAAGCUAGCCGCUCUCAAUUCGAAGAGGCCGGGAUAUCCUUCCGGGUUGCGAACUUUGAUGAUCCUGCGACACUAGAUACAGCCUUUGCGGAUGUUGAGAAUGUGUACUUUGUUAGUACGAAUACGUUUGACAAUGAGCGGAGGAAGGUGCAGCAUCGUAAUGUGGUGGAAGCUGCUAAGAGGGCUGGUGUUAAACAUGUAUGGUACACGUCUCUGGCUUUUGGUGGAUUAGGUUCAGACUCGAAGGUUUCUGUGCAGCAAGCUCAUCUCGAGACCGAGAAGAUGCUGAAAGAGUCAGGUGUUACAUACACCUCCAUCCGCGAAGGCAUCUAUGGCGACGCUUUUCCUCUCUUCCUCCAAUGGUACCCCAGCACCGAGACCAUAGUCUUGCCCGAAGACGGGGUCAUUACAUAUACAUCCCGCGAAGAGCUAGGUGAAGCAAACGCCAAACUCCUCCUGAAGGGCGGACAUGAGAACGAAAUCGUACUUCUGACUGCCAACGAGCCACUCCGAGGAGCGGACAUCAUUAAAAUCAUCAACGAAACGACCAACCGCAACGUUAAGCUGAAGCUCGUAUCACCGGAAGAGUAUGUUAGAUAUCAUACAGAAAAUGACAUUGGUAAGAAGCCAGAGUCGUUCUGGCGCUCGAGACUGUCUUGGUUUGAAGGUAUAGCGAAGGGGGAUGCAGAUGUGUCGAAUCCGUUGAUGAGGGAGCUUUUGGGUAGGGAGCCGAAGACUGGGAGUCAAGUGAUUCGAGAGUUAUUGAAGGAGAAUCCGGAUUAUACGUGGCAUCAAAAUUAUAUCGAUCAGGCUCAGUAUAAGGCUACUUUGUCGAAGAAAUAG